UCGCUGCCGCUCCCGGAAGCUCCGUCACCCCGCCGGGCAGACGUGUCGCUGCCAUGGCGGAGCCGGGCCGGCUGGAGCGGCUGGAGCGGCGGGUGCGGGAGCUGGAGGACGAGCUGGCCCGGGAGAGGGGUGGGCGGCCGGCGCCGCGGGCCCGCAUCGAGACCAUGAGCCCGGAGGUGACGGACACCAACCCCUACAGUCGCUUGAUGGCAUUAAAAAGAAUGGGAAUUGUCAAAGACUAUGAGAAAAUCCGUACCUUUACGGUCGCAGUCAUAGGUGUAGGUGGAGUUGGCAGCGUGACUGCUGAAAUGCUGACACGGUGUGGCAUUGGUAAGCUGCUUCUGUUUGAUUAUGACAAAGUGGAACUGGCAAACAUGAACAGACUCUUCUUCCAACCUCAUCAAGCUGGAUUAAGUAAAGUGCAAGCAGCAGAGCAUACUUUGAGGAAUAUUAAUCCUGAUGUUCAGUUUGAAGUACAUAACUACAACAUCACAACCCUGGACAACUUUGAACACUUCAUGGAUAGAAUAAGUAACGGGGCCCUAGAGGAGGGGAAGCCUGUGGAUCUUGUUCUGAGCUGUGUGGACAACUUCGAAGCUCGCAUGGCGAUUAACACGGCCUGCAAUGAACUUGGACAAAUCUGGAUGGAAUCUGGAGUGAGUGAAAAUGCAGUGUCAGGACACAUCCAGCUGAUCAUACCUGGGGAAUCCGCCUGUUUCGCGUGUGCUCCUCCACUCGUAGUUGCUGCAAAUAUCGAUGAGAAAACACUCAAACGAGAAGGAGUUUGUGCAGCGAGUCUCCCUACAACGAUGGGCGUUGUGGCAGGAAUUCUUGUCCAAAAUGUUCUCAAGUACCUGUUAAACUUUGGUACUGUGAGUUACUAUCUUGGUUACAAUGCGAUGCAGGAUUUCUUUCCAACUAUGUCUAUGAAGCCAAACCCACAAUGUAGUGACCAAAACUGCAGAAAACAGCAAGAAAAUUACAAGAAAAAAGCAGCUGCACAACCAAAACAAGAAGUAAUUGAACAGCAAGAGGAAAUAGUACAUGAAGACAACGACUGGGGCAUUGAAUUAGUAUCAGAAACUUCAGAAGAUGAGCUGAAGGCUGCAUCUGGCCCGGUUCCUGAGCUUCCCGAGGGCAUUACUGUAGCAUACACUAUCCCCAACAAGGAAGAGAAUUUGAUAACUGAGGAAACGGUAGCAGAGUCUGAAGAAAGCCUAGAAGAACUCAUGGCCAAAAUGAGAAACAUGUAGCAAAUAUUAAGUACAACUCCGGGGAGUCUGGCUUGACAGUGGAUUGUAAGAAGACCACACUUUUUUUUCCCCUCUUUUUUUUACCUCCACUGAAACUUCUCUUUGUGUUUCUGAUGAAAUGGAACUGUUACAGGGGCAGGAAGGAGACGCGGUUACGUUGUACACAGGGAGUUGUGCUACUGUAAACUCUUAAUUCCUCAGCACUCCUAGUGUGCAGCUGUUCAGUAGGAAAUA